CGAACCUUUUUUUUUUUCUAAAGAACCCUAAACCGAAUCGACAAUGUCGACAACCCCGACUGGAUCUCCUCCCACGAACCCGAUAACAACGGUAGUGAGGAGGACGAUUUCACCAUACGACUUGCACUCUGCGGACAAUUCUGGAGCUGUGAUUUCACAUCCUCUGUUGGUCACGAUCUAACGGCUACCAUUGAUGUUAUAUGCGGGAUUCAGUGAUCAAAAGAGAGAAUUCAGGUGUCAAUGUAGUCGUGAUUUUGGAUGGAAGUCCAGUGACUGGAGACCUCAGGUGCGACCGCGUAAGGGUUUGUGUUGAUGGAAAUCGUAUCGUCGUCCAAGUCCCUACCGCUGGCUAG